AUGGCUAUUGAUCUCCCGGGGUCUGGCUUUUCGGAUAAAUCCAUGGCUGUGAUUGAAGAGAAUGUGGGUGUUAAUGUGGUUUUUGGGAAUAUGUGGAACGUGUACGGUGAUAUUAAGAAAAAGGGUCUGUUUUGGAGGUUUGAUCAGCUAAUUGAACAAGGCUAUGUCAGUCAUGAGGAAAUUGAGAAUCACGUGGACUUGGUCCUUCAUGAUUCAGCACUAGGACUGAGUGCCAAUUGGAUUUCUGAAAAUCAGGGAUCAGUUAGAAGUGUUGUGUUUCUUGAUGCUGCACCAAGUGGGAUGGCAUUGCCACUUUGGGCAUUGGAGAUGCCUGGGGUUUAG